AUGGCGGUAAUUCGGAAACAAUGCAACUACUACACCAUCAUGUCUUAUGAGACUACUAGGCUCAUGUCCCGCAUCGCCAACAAACAGCACGGCAUGAAGGAGGCCAAUCUCAUACGACUGAUUCCUGUUGUCGCCGAUCUACCUGUGGGCAGAAACCUUCAGGAUCACAUGCACGUCGACGGUCUAUUGACAAUUCCUGGCUCCAUCGAAGCUCUUGCAUUUGUUAGCACGCGCUUUGAGAAUGAAUCGCUGCAAUUUCCAGACGUGCAGAUCGCCUUGCAGCUGCUCUCAUCUUCUGGGCUGCCCUAUAAACUCUACCUAUCACAAAUGGGUGUGAGUGACAAGGUAUACGACGAGUAUUACGGGCCACAUUUCCCGUCGUUCGGAUAUGCUUUGGUUCCCGUGAUGAACAGGCCGAAGUCUCGAGGUUACAUCAAACUGAGGACAACAAACCCACUCGACAAGCCAAUCAUCGACCCACAGUACUUGACCCAUCCUAGAGACGUUGAAGUGGCAGUUGAAGGAGUCAAGAUUGCUCGGCGCCUCAUGUUGAGCGAAGCCAUGCGUGAAAUCAAAGCAGAACCUUGGAACGACCCUCUUCCCGAGUGUGAGUCGGCAGGCGCAAUCUGGAGUGAUGGCUACCUGGCCUGCUUCGUGCGACACAUGGCUCACACCACGUGGCAUGCCUGCUGCACGUGUCCCAUGGGCAAUGAUACAAGGGCUGUUGUGGAUCACACGCUCAGGAAUACACUGGCUGGCUCCUCAGGGCCUGCCAGUGUAUUCGUGGACGCAUCCGUCAUGCCAACCAUAGUGACUGGGAAUCCCAAUGUGCCCACCAUGAUGAUUGCCGAAAAAGCAGCCGCCAUGAUUCUGAAUGAUCAUCCGUAGUAUAUAACAGUGACCAAUAAAGACCGGCUCGGUUAUGUUUGUAUCAUUUUUGUUUGGGCUAGAUUAACAAAUCAAAAUAAACAAAUUUCUCAGCUCU